AUGGAUAUCCAUCAGUAUAAUAAUAUUAGUCAAGAAUCUACACAAUUUGGGUUUUUUGAUACCGAUUCUACCCAAGAUAUAGUGCCAAAAUGUCAUAUGCAUAAUAAACAUCAAAAUGGAUGUAGAUUUUGUGUGAAAUACAAAGAAUCCCUCAAUAAUUCUAAAAAAUCUGACAAUUAUAAUUACUACAAUAGCAACUUAUCUGAAUCAUCACACGAGAACAAUACUGUCAUUAGCAAUCUUAACCCUAUAUUAAGAAAUAACAUCCUUUCUUCGGAGUAUUACAAGAGUAUAGCUGGGUUUGAUACUUUUGAGGAGAUACUGCAAGAGAUUCAUCAACACGCAGAUCAUGCAGAGCCAUUUUGUUCGGCAAAUCGCCUUAAACCAUCGACAUUAUUCUGUUGCUUAUACAAGCUAUUUACUAUGAACUUGGAAGAUGAUAAUCUAAAUUUGUUAUUGGAAGAUACUACCAGUGUCUACGCUAGAUGUUGCGGAUUCCUAUACAUACGUUAUUCAUUUCACUAUGAAAAGUUGUAUAAAUGGUUUAAGCCAUAUCUGCUGGAUAUACAGGAGUUUACAAUAGACCUUGCAAAAUCUAAAACGGUUACUUUAGGUGGCUAUCUUCACUCACUUUUGAUUGAUGAAAAGUAUUUCACCAUUGUGUUGCCUCGAUUGCCGAUUAAAUUUAAGAACAAUUGCGUACCUGAAAUUUUGGAAUUUGAGGAGUUUCGGCGUAGGAAAAUUACAAAUCUACGCAAUAUCGAACAAUUCACUAGUAAUGUUCAAAUAGAAUUUUUCGAUGGGCAAAGAUGGAAACGUGGUCAAGUGAUUGAAGUACAUCCUAAGGGCGGAUUGACAACUAUAACCGUAUCCAAAAGUGAUGGAAUGUCAGAAAUAGUGGAUUUGAGUGCCAUAAAAUUGCCUAGUGAAUGCAAAGAUGAUGAUAAGAGAUCGGGUCGGUAUGAUGGAUCCAGGUCUAGAGAUAGGGACUAUAGGGGCUCCAGGGAUAGAAGAAGAUCCAGAUCGAGAGAUAGGGACAGGAACAGGUACAGAAAUAUGGAUAGGGAUAUGCGCAGAGAUAAAGGCAGAAGAUCCAAAUCUGUAGAUAGAACGUAUGGCAAUCAUCGCAACAAUAAAAAUAGCAACUAUGAUGAUAGAUAUGAAGAAUAUAAGAGAAUUGAGAGAGAAAAGGCAUUAGCAAGUGGAAAAGAUUACUCCAGACGCCCUUCCAGUUUCAAAAGCUCACUAUCAUGCAGAGCCAACAUAUACCACUAA